AUGUGGUACGACCAGAAAUGGUGUGAAGCUGCUACUUGCAAGAUUGAUGACAGCGGUAAGAAGAGAAAGUGUGAUAAUGGAGCACAAUCAGAAAGCUCUCAAGCAGCUUCAGAUCUCGGUGAGUCACCAACAAAACGUCCUCCUGGUGUUAAGCCAUCGAAAGCAGCAUCUGGUAAGAGAAGUAUAGCAGAUCAGGAGGCAUCGAAAGCCGCAUCUGCUGAGUUUCUGGCCAUGUGUUCUAUUAAAGAGAGAGAUUUGGCAGUUAAAGAGAGAGAUCUGGCAGUUCAAGAGAGUGUUAAGAAGAUGGAUUUGCUUGACCGUCUCAUUGCCAAACCUGAGCCACUUUCUGAAUCUGAAGAAGCUCUUAAGCAGAAACUCAUUACAGAGAUGCUGAGUAAAUAG